UGGCUCAGCGCACAACAGAGUCAAAGUGCCUUGCACUCUAUAUCCCUUCCCCCUCUACUCAUCAAUCUCGCUCACACAUCCAUCAUCACCCUUCGAUUUCCUGAUAUACCAUCGCCAACAACCAAAUCCCUCCCACAUUCCGUAAAGCCUGCGACGCAUCCACCACACUAAGUCAAAGAGACAAAGCCAGCCACACGACCGACGACGGGCGCAAUCCAAGUCGCCGCUCCCCGACCCACCUUCCACAUCAUCCACAAUGGCUACCACUCCAGUGCCAAAAGGAUCAGCUAAAGCGAAGCCUAACAAGACCGUCGUCCUUCGUUUAGCUCCCCAUCUGCUGAAGAAGUUCAGCCCGCUGUCCGAAGACAUCUCUGAACCUUCACCCACUGCCUCUCCCGCACCCGCCUCAACCCCAAUCAUCAACGCACCUGCACCUGAUGCUUCCGAGGCAAAUGGCACGCCAGCCCCUGGCAACGAUGCCGCUGCCACAGACAACAACUCGCUAGCUCCUCCACCAGCAACCAACGGCAAGAGAAAGGGUGUUCCUGGACCUAAACCUGGCACAAAGAGAACUGCAGCUCAGGCUGAGGCUGGUCCUAAUGCUAAGCCUAGAGGAAAGCCCGGCCCCAAGAAGAAGCCUCGCUUGGCUGACGGAACCAUUGAUAGAACUGCCGACGGCACAAAGAAGGGCCCGUUCGGCGGCGUGGCACCCAUCGCUACCCACAAGCUAGGCCCUAAAGCCAACACCGGCGCAAUCAACGCUGGCCUCCGCGCUCUUGACAGAUCCGGCAAGCCCUGUCGUAGAUGGGAGCGCAAGGGUAUCCAACUCAAAAGCAUAUCUGGUGUUGCAUGGACUGUGGGAUCAUGGGCAGCACCACUCAAGGACAAUUCCUCAUUCAGCGGAGAUGUCAAGAGCGAGAACUCGUCCAGCAGCAACGCCGAACAUGCCAGACUAGAAAGCAGAAGCAGUGUUAUCCCCAGUGAGAGGAGCAAUGCUGGAGAAGGGGCCAAGCAGGAGAAUGCCCUCGAGAGCUCUCCCGCAGCAGCUCCAGCUAUCGAGGCAUAAACAAGUCAACAUGAUACAAAUUUUUUUCUUCUUCUACACAACAUGAAAUGAUACCCAAUACUACCAUGUACUACAAUGUGCAUGUACAUUGAUGACCAAGCCCGCAUGGCAGGUCACCGGCAUUCGCACAAGUCAGCAGUCUAUAUUUCAUUUGUUUUUGUCGAGCAUCAGCAUGGCGAUAUCUAGUACAGAGGAUAACGCGAUAGCGCUGAUGAUGUGUAAGCCUAGGCGGGAUCUGGGUGGGGCUCUGAUGAUUUUUGUUCAAAAUACAGCGUUCAAUAUAAAAAGACGUUGAUAUACUUGACGUUACUAAAGUCAGAAGGAGAUUUAGCAGGUCAUUCGGGUGGUCGCAUGUGAUAAUUGUCAGGAGCUCGACGAUCG